CCUGUCAAGUGCUAGCGCGCCGGCAACAGUGCGAAAGGGAGAAAACAAAACCAACGAAAAACCUACACCUAUAGCAAGCAACCUAUCAUCACGAGUGCCGGCACCAACAGAUCAUGCGUGCGCCUAUAGUUUUGUCAUACGUGUACUAAUCGAAUUUGUGUUCAUUGAAGCUUCUGCCAGCCAAUUCUAUAGCAGUCAGCGUGGAUUGUGGCCACAGUUAGGUAUUGCUGGUUUGCUGGCAGCACAUUAGGGCACGAUGGAACUUGGUCGGCAUCAUUUGUCAACGCUCCUUUUCCUGUGCUCAGUAGCCCUGUUUCAUAAUUUAGUAUUGGCAAACUCCGAACUUCCGGAUGAUGUGCAGUCUACCGAGGAUGGUGAUCGAUACGUAACGCCAACCGUGGAUCCAGCCCGCAUGUACUUCGCGGAACAUUUCGACGACUUGUUCGACGUCGACGAUAUUGGAAAACGGUGGAUCAAGUCCAAAGCCACUAAAGACGAUGCGGCCGAGGAGGUGGCCAAAUACGAUGGUGAAUGGUUGAUCGAGCCACCAAAGAGACCCAUAUUGGCAAAUGAUUAUGGUUUGGUGUUGAAAUCGAAGGCCAAGCAUGCGGCGAUUGCUUCCCAUUUGCUACUGAAUAGACCAUUCGUUUUCGACAACAAGCCUUUGAUUGUGCAGUACGAGGUGAACCUACAGGAUGGCCAAGAAUGUGGUGGCUCCUAUAUUAAGCUUCUGUCCGCUGGCGACAGUAUGAAAAAUUUGAAACAGUUUCACGAUAAAACACCGUACACGAUCAUGUUUGGGCCCGACAAGUGCGGCAACGAUGUGAAAUUACAUUUUAUCUUCCGUCAUGUAAAUCCGAUCAACAAGACCAUUACAGAAAAGCACUGCAACAAACAAAAGGAAAGACUUGACGAUCCCUUCAAAGAUAAACGACCGCAUUUGUAUCAGCUGAUUAUACGCCCUGACAAUACAUACACCAUUCGGGUUGAUCAUAAGACCAUCAACGAAGGUUCACUGUUGACCAAUUUCACUCCACCGGUUAAUCCUCCUGCUGAAAUCGAUGAUCCAGAGGACAAAAAACCGGACAAUUGGGAUGAUCGUGAAAAAAUAGCAGAUCCGGAGGCGACAAAGCCAGACGAUUGGCAUGAAGACGAGCCAGCACAAAUACCGGAUCCUAAGGCCACGAAACCCUCCGACUGGUUGGACGAUGUCGAAGAGAUGGUUCCGGACAGUUCCGCUGUGAAACCAUCGGACUGGGACAAUGACAUGGACGGCGAAUGGGAGCCCCCAAUUGUUCCAAAUCCGCUGUGCGAAAAGGCAGUCGGGUGCGGUUUGUGGAAGGCACCAAUGAUUGCCAACCCCAAUUACAAAGGUAAAUGGCGGCCACCGCUUAUAGCUAAUGUGAACUACCAAGGCAAAUGGUCACCAAGGAAGAUACCGAAUCCCGAGUUUUUCGAAGAUUUAUCACCAUUCCGGAUGACAUCGAUUGCUGCCGUCGGUAUCGAAAUUUGGUCCAUGUCCAGUGACAUACUGUUUGAUAAUAUCGUAAUCUGUGACGAUGAAACAGUUGCUGAUGAGUGGGCUGCUCAAACUUUUGAUCUGAAAAUAAAAAUUCUGGACCGCCAAGCCGAAACGUUGGUGUCCCGUUUUAUGAAGUAUUGUAACAGUAACCCCUGGAUGUGGGCCGUUCUGCUAGUUGUCGUAGGGUUGCCCAUCAUUACUGUCGUGUAUUUUGUGUGUUUUGCAAAGUCCGAUGCGAAGGGAGCUGUUGGUCACUCAAAAAAGACGGAUGAAUUUGUGCCAGUAGAUGAUGAACGGGAUGCAAUGGGAUUGGAUGGAGCCCGAUCCGAUAAAACGCAGCUGAACGCUAACGAAGUGCCGUCGAGCUUGGCCGAUGAAGUGGGUCAAGCGGAAAACGACGACGAAGGAGGGGAGGAGGACGAGGAUGAAGACGACGGCGCGGAAGAUGUCCAUGUAGCACACCAGACUGUGGACAAAGAAGAAGAGGAUGAUGGAGAAUCAGGAGCAACAGUAGAUAGCAGAAACGCAGAACCCGGGGACGGUCUUAAGAAGCGGAAAGCUCGCAAAGAUUAGAUGAAAAAAUAAGAAAUUCUUAUAUUGCAUAAGUAGAGGCAUUAUAUUUUCACUAGAGUUAGACCGUAAGGCAUCGUUCCUGCUAUGUUUUAUGUAAACAAAUCGUUCGUCAAAAACGUCUCAAGCUGACCGGAACUUUGUUCGCAAUCUAUUUAAUUCCAUCUCGAUUCAAUUAUUGCAUAUCGUAUUAAAUAUUUGAUAUACAUAUGUUGUAAUGCUUUAUUAUUUCACACUUACACAGAUAUAUUACUGGCACGAGCAUCAAGCAAUUUGGGUUAUAACAAAACUCUAAUUCGAUGUUUCUUGAAUAAUUUGAUUUUAUGGGGUUAUUUAAUCACUACUUCAGGUUCAAAAACAAUAACCAAUUUCAACAACAACCCUCAACAAUCGCAUCAUUCGAUACAUCGCAUGUAAUACUGCUUUUGCUCGGGGCGUUCCGUUCUAGUACUUGCCCUCGCCCUCGCCCUCGCUCGAAUCAUAAUCAACAGAAGAGAUACUGCGCGAACAUGUAUCUUGGUUUAAUCUUCUAGAAAACCCUAUGUUCUGGCAGUCUACAACAUUCCAAAAGUUCGUCGUUCAGUUUUCAUUCCAAACCGUUCUCGGUUUAAACGAAACAAAAAAACAAAAUUAAGAAGAUGCAAUAACCGAAAUGAAAUAAAUUCUAAAGAACGUUAUAUAGCUUCUACAGGGCAACAGAAAGAUAAACUACCUUGAAAAUAAGAACUUUUGCCACAGAUAUUUCGCAAGGAAAUCAAACAAAAAUCCACAACCGGACGUCGGACAUAACAGUUGUAAAAAGAUUGUUUCCUUAUAGAACGAUAUGAAACGGCAAGAUCCCUGCAGUCCUGGAUCAUGACUACGUAGGUAAAGAAAAGCAUAUUUCGUUCAUCUUUACAUUUCCAAAAACAAACUAAGUUUUGCUUCAUUAUCCAGUGUGGACUCCAUCAAGCCCCAAAAUAUAAUUUGGCCAGUGCGCGCGCGAGUCCGUUAAGAGAUCGGUGAUUAUGGUUUGUUUUUCGGUGGUUUGGCUUUGCAGGAUUUUGUGUUCUUUAAAUUUAAAUAACAACUAUCUCACCUUAGAGAACGCAUGUUGCUCUUUGAUUCGAAAGGCUAUCAGCGGACACGUUAGGAAAUUCACAACGUCGACCAUGAAUAAAGAGUGAAAACG